AUGGUGUUCCUGGGCAUUCUUAAGUGCAGUACCAAGAAAAUCAGGCUGUGCAAUAUCAUGGAGGAUGCACCUAUUAUGAACAACAGCUCAGGACUUCACAAAAUACCUGCAGCCAUCCUCAUUCAGCAGCAUCACCAAGGAAGUGCUAUGUACUCAGAAAUCAAAAUUCCCUCCUCCUCAGCUACUUACCCUGGUUCCUUUGGUGGGCUCUGCAUUGCACAGUCUGUGAGAAUCCCCCAAGAGCGCAAAGACAGAACCAUUGACUUUGAUAGAAUUAUCAAACAGCUCCUGGACACCCCCAACUCCAGGGCCGUCGUGAUUUUUGCCAACGAUGAGGAUAUAAAGCAGAUCCUUGCAGCAGCCAAAAGAGCUGACCAAGUAGGCCAUUUUCUUUGGGUGGGAUCAGACAGCUGGGGUUCCAAAAUAAACCCACUGCACCAGCAUGAAGAUAUUGCAGAAGGAGCCAUCACCAUCCAGCCCAAGCGAGCAACAGUUGAAGGGUUUGAUGCCUAUUUUACGUCACGCACACUUGAAAACAACAGAAGAAACGUAUGGUUUGCUGAAUACUGGGAGGAAAACUUCAACUGCAAGUUGACAAUUAGUGGGUCAAAGAAAGAAGACACAGAUCGCAAAUGCACAGGACAGGAGAGAAUUGGGAAAGAUUCCAACUAUGAACAGGAGGGUAAAGUUCAGUUUGUGAUUGAUGCAGUCUAUGCAAUGGCUCAUGCCCUUCAUCAUAUGAACAAGGAUCUCUGUGCUGACUACCGAGGGGUCUGUCCGGAAAUGGAGCAAGCUGGGGGAAAGAAGUUGUUGAAGUAUAUCCGCAAUGUUAAUUUCAAUGGUAGUGCAGGCACCCCAGUAAUGUUUAACAAGAAUGGGGAUGCACCAGGGCGUUAUGACAUCUUUCAGUACCAGACAACAAACACCACCAACCCUGGUUACCGUCUGAUUGGACAGUGGACAGAUGAACUUCAGCUCAAUAUAGAGGACAUGCAGUGGGGUAAAGGAGUCCGGGAGAUCCCCCCCUCAGUGUGUACACUGCCAUGCAAGCCUGGGCAAAGAAAGAAGACUCAGAAGGGAACUCCGUGCUGCUGGACCUGUGAGCCUUGUGAUGGCUACCAGUACCAGUUUGAUGAGAUGACAUGCCAACAUUGCCCCUACGACCAGAGGCCCAAUGAAAACCGAACCGGCUGCCAGGAUAUCCCCAUCAUCAAAUUAGAGUGGCAUUCCCCCUGGGCUGUCAUCCCUGUCUUCCUAGCAAUGUUGGGGAUCAUUGCCACCAUCUUUGUCAUGGCCACUUUCAUCCGCUACAAUGACACGCCCAUUGUCCGGGCAUCUGGGCGGGAACUGAGCUACGUUCUGUUGACUGGCAUCUUUCUUUGCUACAUUAUCACUUUCCUGAUGAUAGCCAAACCUGAUGUGGCCGUGUGUUCUUUCCGGAGAGUUUUCUUGGGCUUGGGUAUGUGCAUCAGUUAUGCAGCCCUCUUGACAAAAACCAAUCGGAUUUAUCGCAUAUUUGAGCAGGGCAAGAAAUCAGUGACAGCUCCCAGACUCAUAAGCCCAACAUCACAGCUGGCAAUCACUUCCAGUUUAAUAUCAGUUCAGCUUCUAGGAGUUUUCAUUUGGUUUGGUGUUGAUCCACCCAACAUCAUCAUAGACUAUGAUGAACAUAAGACAAUGAACCCUGAGCAGGCCAGGGGAGUUCUCAAAUGUGACAUUACAGAUCUCCAAAUCAUUUGCUCCUUGGGAUAUAGCAUUCUUCUCAUGGUCACAUGUACUGUGUAUGCCAUCAAGACUCGGGGUGUCCCAGAGAAUUUUAAUGAAGCCAAACCCAUUGGAUUCACUAUGUACACGACAUGUAUAGUGUGGCUUGCCUUCAUUCCCAUUUUUUUUGGCACUGCUCAGUCAGCGGAAAAGGCUUCAGUGCUACAGGAAUCUAAAAUCUGCAGGGAACUGUGCCACAUUCAUUUCACUGGAAACCAACAAGAGGUAGCUUUUUCAAGUUAA